CUCCGGCAAAGCCAAAACAUUAGCGAAGCCAAGCACCAAAGGAGGAUCACCAUGAAGGGCGACUCCCAACCUCUUCACCUUGUGAUGCUGCCAUGGCUGGGCUUCGGCCAUAUCAGCCCCUUCAUCCAACUCUCCAACGUCCUCGUCGACCAUGGCAUCCAGAUCACCUUCCUUUCUCCCCCUUCCCUCGUCCCCAAGAUCCGUGCCACCCUCCACCCCUCCAUCCCCAUCGUCAACUACAACCUGCCCCCCGUCCCAGGCCUGCCGGCCGGCGUCGAAUCCACGGCGGCAGCGCAGUCCUUCAACCUACUCCUCAUGGAGGCACUGGACGCCAGCCGGCCACAGAUCGAGAGCCUUCUUCUCAAGCUCUCCCCUUCCAUCGUCGUUUUCGACUUCGUCCACUACUGGCUCCCCCAGCUAGCAGCUUCCCUCGGCAUCAAGUCCGUCUUCUUCUACAUCGCCACCGCCAUGUCCGCCACCCCCAUGAAGAUUUUCACGAGGGUGCACCCCAGGAAGCUGGCGCUCAGUGUGGUCGGGAAGCUACCUGUCAGCCUCGUCGCGGCAUUCGUCGGCCUGAAACCGUACGAAACCCGCGACUUGCUGCAGUUCGUGCAUAAGCACGAUAGCUCCAGCAUCUCCCCAUGCUCCAGGAUGCUCGCUGUCAUGGUGCUGAGCUCGGCUGUGCUACUGAAGAGUGCCACCGAGCUGGAGGAUCCAUACAUCAACUUCGUCAACUCCCUGUCCGGGAAGAGGGCCCUGCUCUGUGGCACUCUCAUGUCGAAACCUCCCACCGGGGAGCUCGAAGCCCGAUGGGACAGGUGGCUGAGCAAAUUUCCGGCAGCAUCAGUUGUUUUCUGCUCCUUCGGCAGCGAGCUGUGCCUGUCCACCGAGCAGAUCGCUGAGCUCGUCGCCGGACUGGAGAUGAGCGGCUGCCCUUUCUUGGCAGUGCUCAACUUUUCAGCAGAGGCGAAGGAGAAGGGGAUCGAAGCGAAGUUUUUGGGGGAGAGAAUGGGAGGGAACGGGAUGGUGCACACUGGCUGGGUGCAACAGCAGCACAUCUUGAGGCACCCCUCUGUGGGCGCACACAUUGGCCACGGCGGACUGAGCUCGAUGAUGGAGGCCGUGGUGGGAGGCUGUCAAACGGUGUUGCUUCCUCAGACGAUGGACCAGUUUCUGAACGCGAAGCUGGUGGUGAAGAGGCUGAAGGCUGGUGUGGGGGUGAAGCGCCGGUCCAAAGAUGGGUGGUUUACCAGGGAGGCUGUCUGUCAGGCGGUAAGGAUGGCCAUGAAGGACGAGACGGAGAAGGCGAGGACCAUGCGGGCCAACAACGCCAAACUGCGGGAAUUCUUGCUCAAUGAAAAGGUGCAACAGCAAUACGUCCAAAACUUCGUAAGCAAACUCAAGGAGAUGGCCUCAACGUCGUCGCCAUGAACAAUUUGACUCUUUAAGAUGUGAUAUUUUGCUCUCAGAAGACUCUUGAGCAUGCUUCUGUGUGUGUGUUUGUGUGUUUCUGCAUAAGUUUGCAGAUGCUAAUUUGUGGGCAUGUGUAUUGUGGUGUGAAAAUAUUCUUGGUUAAUGAAAUUUAAUGUUCACAUGUUACAAGAUUACGACUAGUAAAAAUAUCUAUGAA